GGCAUCUCGAUAAUUAUCCUUAUUUAGGGAUGGAUAUAGAUUAUCCUUCACCCUGUGCGCUCAGUCUGGUGUGACGGGCUACACCAUCGUCAUUGCAGCCAUCCAGCUUAAAGAUAACAUGAGGGGAAGCACGAGGUUAGAGCGCACGCCACACAUAAACUACUCGAGUACCAGUACUCGUACAGUAAGUGUACUCCAGUAUUAUUAUCCCAUAAGGUCUCGCGUGGCUCCCUGGCCCAUCCCUAACUCAUAAUCACACCCACAAUUACAAGACAAUCACCACCACUCACCCCCCGGUUCAUAAGCUCCACUUCUCCCGCACCUCCGCCCCCGAGCUCAAACUGUUGCCAACAAACUCUGCUCCUAACGACACGCGAUAACCGCAGCACGCCUCCAGGAAAUUUUGCUGGAGCAGAGAGGCUCGAAUUUCAAAAUAAACAUCCCCGCGAAGCCUCGGUCCACAAGAGAGCAGAUCUAGCGCUUCUACCGCUAAUUCGUCAACUUCCGUAGAUCUUGUAAACAGAUCUGCGAGACUGUCUUGGACUCAAGCUCUCGUUUAAACCACCCGCCCAAAAAAGUGCCAGGUCCGCCUCACGGUCCUUAUUUUGUGCCUUACCUUUUCGAGGAGUCCCGCCCGCUUUUCAUCUCUCGAAUCCGGGCCUUCUUUUCUUUUUUACAUACACCAUCCCCUCUAACCUUGUCUGUUGGGCCCUUUCCCUCACUCACCCUAUCGACGAUCUCCCACACCCUCAACGCAAAAACCCGCUUGGUGGGAUUGGUUGUGCUAACAGCCUUCGUGGAAGUCAUUCCCAUAUAGAAGGCUGGCCUGGUCUUGAGAGUGCUGCUUUCUUUCUUCCUUCCUCCUUUCCCAUUCACCCUCCAGAAACAGCUUUCUGUAUUACAUGUCACAGAAGUAACCGGACGCCUCCCUUUCCUACAAGGAAAAAUAAUUGGAAGCCAUUCCAUGGUUCCCACAAAACCAGACACUCACCCACUAUAUAAUCCGACGCCCAUUCCAACCCAGCAAGCCUCAUCUGAGUCAUCAUGUCGGUAGUCUCAAUAGAAUCGAGUAUCGACAGGGCGAAGAAACUCGUCAGAUCCAAGAUACGGAGUAUGAUGGACGAAUGCAAGAUUCGGAAGUUUGCAAUGGAACUUCAUUCUGGGUUGUCGUGCUAUACCGCUCGGGAGUCUGGAUAUAGGGAGGUAUUGAGGAUGGCUCGAAAAACGAUUUCUUUUCUCCGUCCAGGACAACGGGCGGCAGCCUCGACCCGGGGUGGUACUACCACCUCCAAAGGCUCUCGUUCACUAGGGGCUUUGUUCUUCGGCCUUCCAGUUGAGCUUCAGUUGGAAGUCGUUAAUAAGUUAUGCUUCUUUGAUCUUCUGUCAUUGCGGAGGACAUCACGGAAAUUCAGAGAACUCACAAUGCACAACGAGAGCCAUAUAGUCAGGCACCAUAUCGGCCAGUGGGUGCCGUUACAUAUCAUGAAACUAUACCCUCCUCCCACAGAUGUGCCACCGACGCUGGGAUACCUCACUGACCUGGCAUACAAACAACGGGUAUCAACGCAUUUGGCGCUGUCGUUAGCACGCCAAAUUGUGAAAGAAAUGAUGGGAGGGCGGCAGUCCCGGAGAAUGUCGAAAGAGGCCACGGUAUAUGUUUUGAAUCAACUACGGUUAGGAAUGGCACCACUGAUAUUCGCGUUAUUCCACUUUUUCGAAACGUACAGAACGCGGAGACUAGAGCAUUUGUGGGGAAAUGAUGAUCAUGACUCAUCGAUGGCAGGAUUAGACCCGUUAUCAUCACUGGCGGAUAAGAUGCGACUUCAGGGGGAUAUCAUAUCACAAUAUCCCGAUAAUUUACUGUUACAAGUACAUCAGAUGUACCAUUUGCUUUUACACUUGUUCAUGCGAAGAAUGAGCUCGCCGUCACCCUCGGUGCAACGAACACUGGGCUGCUGGACACGGCAGCGACCGCCAAACCAAGCGUUCGCAAAGGUUCUUAUCCUUGGUGGGAUCAAAGAAGUGUGGCACAUCUACCGAAUAAAGGGCUUUUGUCGCCGCCGCAAAGCACUGGACAAGUACCUCCGCAAGCUCGACGCGGAGCGAACACGUCCGCCCAAACGCAAGAACCGAUCUGAAGCAAGGGCAACCACCCUGCAACAAAAUAAGGGGUCUUCCAUUCCCCCAAACCUCGACGUAACUGCACCACUCCACUCAGACCACAAUCACCCACCACCGCCUCCCUUAUCCAAGCUGGACGUCGACGACCUAACACAACUCUGGACUCCUGCCGCAGAGCACAGACUGAUAUUCGGAGGAAUUGUGGGCAGUCUGGAGGAGGUUCGGUGCUGCGGCCAGUUUGUCAGUCAGCUACUUGGUGGGGUGACAGAAUCAGACGAUGAGGAGGACGAUGCCGACGGCGACGACUCAGAAGACGACUCGGAUGAUUCUGCAGAUGACGAGGCUUCGCCAGUGUUGGCACCUGGCGGAGGGAAUACGGUUUAUUCGAAUACGUUGCUGAGUGCAGAUAGUUCCUGGGACGACGAGCUCGCCGAGGAGGAUAGUGGGUUAUUUUCCGACGAUGAGGGGCUCGGGCUGGGAUCUGUACUUGCCACCGUUUGAUGCCGGAAGUAUGAUACUUCAAGCAGUAUUUAUUUAAAACAUCUGACUGUUCAUAUGGGUUAUGUUUGGGCUCUUCAUAGGUGUUUAUUCAUAUUUUAUUUAUAUCCAUUCAUAUUUGUUUCACGGAUAUCCUACCCACCAUCAUUGCCAUCCAUCGUCUCCUUCACGUUAUUAUGUUAUAUCGCAAUACUGUGGGAAGAUGUGGAUUUAUGUUGGUUGGGGGGAAAGAUGGGGUUUGUUUCCUUUUCCGGUUGCGCAUUCGACGCUCGCUCUAAGUCAUAUAUGGGGGGUUUCUUGCUCGUUUUCUCGUCUCUUCUUGUCUGGUCGGUUGGUCGGUCGGUUUGGGUUUAGGUUAUAUACUUUAAUGAAAG